UUUCUAUUUAUCUCAUUAACAUCCGGUCCUUUGAUUUGCGUGGUCUCGAAAUGGCUACAGCUGGUGAACCUCAGAAAAAAGAAGUUUUACCUUUUGUCUACCAAUAUCUGAAAGAUUUAUGUUUUGAUGGAGCAAAACAAUUAAAGGAAAAGUUCAAAGUAAACCCACCACCUAAAGGUUCACCAAAGCUGGAAGACGUUUACACAACAUGGCAGAGUUCUAAUGGAAAGAGGAAAAAUGGAGACACGCCCACUUCUGGUAACAAAAAGGCGAAGACUGAAUCAUCGUCAGAUUCCUCAGACAGCAGUGACUCGGAAGAUGAAAAGGCUCAAAAACCCAAAGAUAAGUCCCCAGCAAAGAAAAGAGGAAGACAGUCAUCAAGCUCUAGUUCCUCCGAUUCGUCUGAUGAUAACUCUGCUAAAAAACCAGCAGUGAAAAAAGUAGCUGUAACGCCAAAAACUGGUAACAAACCUGUUGUUGCACCUAAGAAGAAGGCAAACAAUGAUAGUAGCGGUACAUCUGAUUCUGAUGCAGAUUCUGAAAGCUCCGAUAAUGAAUCAUCAAAAAAAGUUCCUGCCAAGAAAAAACAGCCAUCAUAUAACAAUGUACCACCACCAGGAGCUGUUACACCAAAAGGAAAAAGUCCUGCAGCAAAAAACAAAAAAGUAGAGAGUAGUUCUAGCGAUAGUUCAUCUGAUGAAGAGGAUAAAAAGAAGGCAAAGAAAGCAACAACAUCUGUCACUAAAUCAACUACUCAAGCCAAGAAAAAAGCUGAAUCAAGUAGUAGUGAUUCAUCCGAUAGUUCUGAAGACGAUAAACCUAAAACAGCUGCGAAGGCAGCUACACCUAAAGCAAAGGCUGCUACUCCAGCGAAGACACCAACAAAAAAAAAAGCUGAAUCUAGUAGCAGUGAUUCUUCAGAUAGUUCUGAAGACGAUAAACCUAAAACAGCUGCAAAGGCAGCAACACCUAAAGCAAAGGCUGCUACUCCAGCGAAAACACCAACAAAGAAAAAAGCUGAAUCUAGUAGCAGUGAUUCUUCUGAUAGUUCUGAGGAUGAUAAACCUAAAACAGCUGCAAAGGCAGCUAAACCUAAAGCAAAGGCUGCUACUCCAGCGAAGACACCAACAAAGAAAAAAGCUGAAUCUAGUAGCAGUGAUUCUUCUGAUAGUUCUGAGGAUGAGAAACCUAAAACAGCUGCAAAGGCAGCUACACCUAAAGCAAAGGCUGCUACUCCAGUGAAGACACCAACAAAGAAAAAAGCUGAAUCUAGUAGCAGUGAUUCUUCUGAUAGUUCUGAGGAUGAGAAACCUAAAACAGUUGCAAAGGCAGCUACACCAAAAGCAAAGGCUGCUACUCCAGCGAAGACACCAACAAAGAAAAAAGCUGAAUCAAGUAGCAGUGAUUCUUCUGAUAGUUCUGAGGAUGAGAAACCUAAAACAGUUGCAAAGGCAGCUACACCAAAAGCAAAGGCUGCUACUCCAGCGAAGACACCAACAAAGAAAAAAGCUGAAUCAAGUAGCAGUGAUUCUUCUGAUAGUUCUGAGGAUGAUAAACCUAAAACAGCUGCGAAGGCAGCUACACCUAAAGCAAAGGCUGCUACUCCAGCGAAGACACCAACAAAGAAAAAAGCUGAAUCUAGUAGCAGUGAUUCUUCUGAUAGUUCUGAGGAUGAGAAACCUAAAACAGCUGCGAAGGCAGCUACACCAAAAGCAAAGGCUGCUACUCCAGCGAAGACACCAACAAAGAAAAAAGCUGAAUCUAGUAGCAGUGAUUCUUCUGAUAGUUCUGAGGAUGAGAAACCUAAAACAGCUGCAAAGGCAGCUACACCUAAAGCAAAGGCUGCUACUCCAGCGAAGACACCAACAAAGAAAAAAGCUGUAUCUAGUAGCAGUGAUUCUUCUGAUAGUUCUGAGGAUGAGAAACCUAAAACAGCUGCAAAGGCAGCUACACCUAAAGCAAAGGCUGCUACUCCAGCGAAGACACCAACAAAGAAAAAAGCUGAAUCUAGUAGCAGUGAAUCUUCUGACAGUUCAGAGGAUGAUAAACCUAAAACAGCUGCAAAGGCCACAACACCUAAAGCAAAGGCUGCUACUCCAACCAAGACACCUAUCAAGAAAAAAGCUGAAUCUAGUAGUAGUGAUUCUUCUGACAGUUCGGAGGAUGAUAAACCUAAAACAGCUGCAAAGGCCACAACACCUAAAGCAAAGGCUGCUACUCCAGCGAAGACACAAACAAAGAAAAAAGCUGAAUCUAGUAGCAGUGAUUCUUCUGAUAGUUCUGAGGAUGAGAAACCUAAAACAGCUGCAAAGGCAGCUACACCUAAAGCAAAGGCUGCUACUCCAGCGAAGACACCAACAAAGAAAAAAGCUGAAUCUAGUAGCAGUGAUUCUUCUGAUAGUUCUGAUGAUGACAAAAAGAAAACAAAAAAUGCAUUAUCACCUAACAAUAAAUUAAAUAAUUCUAAGACUACUAAAAAGGAUAGUUCAAGUGAUUCAGACAGUUCAAGUGAAUCAGAUUCAAAUAAGAAAAGUAAAAACACGUCUGUUAAUAAUAAAAAAGUGAACACAAGUGUAAACAAUAAGUCAAAGAAAGACAGUAGUUCUUCUGAUUCAGACAGUUCAGAUUCAGAGAAAGAGAAAAAAGUCAAUAAAUCAAUGAACAAUUCUACAGUGAAAACACCAAAACAAACACCUAUUAAAAAAGUGGAUUCAGACAGUUCUUCUUCGUCUGAUAGUUCUGAUUCCGAUUCAGGAAAGAAACAGUUAACAUCUACACCAAGUGUUAACGGCAUGGUGAACGGGAAAGGUGGCAGCAGUUCUGGAGAAGACUCUGGUGUGGCAAUGAGUAAUGGGAAGGAUGACAACACGCCGUCCAAGAAGAAUUCCAAGGGAGAGAACAAAAAGACUCCAUUUAGAAGAGUACAAACAGAAGCUAUAGACGUGGAUCAACGACUCAAGGACAACUCUUUUGAAGCCAAGUCUGGUGCUUAUGGGUCCUGGGGAGAGAAAGCUAACAAAGACCUCAAGUUUACAAAAGGUAAAUCGUUUAGACAUGAAAAGACAAAGAAAAAGAGGGGAAGCUACAGAGGAGGAGCUAUAGAUACAAGUGUUCAUUCUAUAAAGUUUGAUGAUGAAUAACAUUUAUUUAUUGUAUGCCAAUAUCAAUGUCAUGAAAAGAAUUGUAUAUAAAAGAUAUAUAAGGUGGUUGUCUCUUUAAAAAACAGAAUUUUUCAUUUAAUCAUGUCCCUGUUGAAGAACAGUAUUAUUUAUAGGUUACAAAUUUCAAGGAUUACUCUUCUAAGUUCUUUCAUAUUAAAUCUCCAGAUUCUAAAUGAAUUAAACUAAGGUUAAGUUUGAAUAAUCAUGUGGUGGUACCUUUGAAUUUUGUAAUACUUGUAACGAUCCCCCAAAUACAAAUGUAAGGAAAGUAUUUUUUUUCAUAUUGGAAAGUUCAAAAAAUAUUUAAUAAUUUUUAUUUAUAUUUAUCUGAAUAAAAACAGAUUAUUUUUUUUAUCCCUACCAUAUUUCAAGGUGGAAUUUUCUUUUUAUUUUAUAUCCUUGUUAUUUCCUUGGUGCUUCUUUGUUAUAGAAAUGAAUGUUUUUUUGUGAAAAGAAUUCACUAUUUUCAGUGCAAUAGCAAUGAAGUCAUUUUUACUUAACUAUAUAGGUCGUAUAAUUCACUGUUUCAGAAUCUAUUGCAUUUUGGGUAAUAGUUCCUAUAUAACAAAGGACAUUUAACCAAUGAUGAAUAUGCCCAAAAAGGCACAAGCCAGGGCUGACCAUGCAAGCGCUGUAUAGCCAGUCAAGGUCGUUAAAAAACUUGCAUCAUUAAUGAUGUAAAAAUUAUUUAUUUAAAUGCCCAUAAAGGUGCAAGUGUACGAGGGCUUUAUAGCCAGUGAAGGUCAUUUAAAACACCUAUAAAAAAAGUUCAUUAUGGGGCAAAUAAUGUAAUUACCCAUAAUUCAUUAGAUUCUGAAACAGCAACUUGAGUGAUGUUUGAAGUAUGUAAAAAAAAAAAGCCCCAACAAUGAAUCACACACUGACUAUCAUUUAUAUGGAGAUUUUUGUGUUAUGCUGUUUUAUCAUUUUAUAUGUCUUUAUUGUCAAUCAACAUCAUACAAUUUUAAAAAGUAUUUGAUUGUUACAUGUCUGAUUAGAAAAAGUUCAUUUUACCUUAAGUACUUUUGUUCAUAUCAUUCCCAAAAUGACAUUGUAAUAUUUUUGUUUUGUAUAUUAAAAUUAGAAAUGUUGAAAUAAUGUGUAAAUCUCAUUUGAAUUUCAUUGGUAACGAAUAUAAUGUACUGCAGGUAAUAGGACACAUUUCUUAAAAAGUACAGAAGUGUUGACUUAGUCAAUUUGUAAUCAUGUUAUGAUCAAUUAAGCAUAAAUCCAAGCCUGUUAGGGUACUAUGGAUUUAUUAGAUUAUUUGUCAUGGGAUAAUAAUGUCCAUGCUUUUUUACAUGGUAGGAACAAGUGUUUUACCUCUUCCAUUGUAUUUUCAACAAAUACCAUACUUCAUCGAGUUCCCUGUAGUAAAAACUACUUGGACAGUUUUCUCUGAUACUACUGAUAGAAUAUUAAGUUUGUUCAGGGGAAGGGAAAACAUAUUUUUCAUAGAUACUAUUAAUAGAAUUGUUCUGUUCACAUCUAGAUGUACAUUAUUUUAUUUUCAUACUUCCCAAAUAUUUUGUCUGGUGUAACAAUAGAACUUGUCACGAACAAUUGAUUUGCAUGAACAGAAUUCUAUUGGACUGUACUAUACAUUUGGUACUGUAAUGUUAAACAAUGGAAGAGUUUAAUUUAAGAACUGAAUGUAUACUUGUACUUUGUUAUAUUAAAAGAUCAUAAUAAACAGGUACACAAUGAA